AAGUAAACAGUUUCCAGUUGAUAAUUUUAACGAACCAAAAGAAGAAAAAGAUGUAAUGGAAUCUCGUAGUAUUGAGGUUGAUAAUGAAGAUGGUGAAGGUCGUGGAGGCCUUGGUUCAAGUUUUUCACAGAUAGAUGAUCUUGAUGAAGAACCGCUAACAACCAAAAAAGAAAUGUUUUCCUUUGCAUCUGGUUCAUCUUCACGAGAAUCCACGACGUUAGAUGAAAUGCUUAAUAUACAAUUUUCAUCUACAAAAAGUAAAGGGAAAAGAAAAUCUCAGUUUACCCCUCAAUUCAAAGAAUCUUUACCAGUAGAUAAAGAUUUUGGAAAUUUUGAAAAGCAUACAAAAGGAAUCGGCCUGAAAUUGAUGCAAAAAAUGGGCUAUAAAAUAGGUGAAGGUUUGGGCUCAGAUGGACGUGGUAUUGUCAAUCCAAUUGAAUCACAGCCACGACCUGCGAGAAUGGGGUUGGCAUAUCACGGAUUCAAAGAGAAAACAAAACAAGUUCAAAAGGAUAAUGUAGAUGAUGAUGAAAUUAGCAUCAAACCUGUCAAAAAAGAAAAGAGUAAUGCGUGGAAGAAAUCUGCUAAAGCUAAAAAAUCCAGAGUUGCUUACAAGACUGCGGAUGAAAUUAUCAACGAAAUCGGUUCAGGCCCAUCAGUUCAACCAAUCAAAAUCAUUGAUAUGACCGGUCCACAGGCUCGUGAGAUUUCUUCAACUAGUCAGAUCUCCUCGCAAGCAAUUCCGGACACAUCCACACGUUUACCAGAAUUACGUCAUAACCUUCGAUUGAUUGUUGAUUUAUCGAAGGCGGAUUUGGAACAUUUUACAAGAGAACGUCAUGUACAAACUGAACGCACCAAGACGUUAAGAAAAGAAAUAGCUAGAGUAACGGCGCAAGUAAAUGAUGAAACAACAAAGAUCAAACGUCUUGGAGAAAUUAUGUCGAUCAUUAAAGAGUGCAGCAGACAUCUUACUGUUUCCUUAUCAAGCGAUUCCCCCUCAUUAGAGUUGUUUUCUGAUGCUUUUGAAAAAUUACAAAACGAAUAUUCUAAUGAAUUCGCUUUAUACAAUUUGGAUGCCGCUGUAAUUGCAAUAAUUACGCCAGUAAUUAAACAAAAUAUGAUCGAUUGGGAUCCAUUAGAAGAUCCUAAUUUCGGAUUAUCAUUGGAGUUUCAAAAAUGGAAAGGAUUAUUCAAGAAAAGUCCACCUAUAACGAAUGCUCCAUCUGAUAGGUUUAAUUACGAUCCAUACAAGCGCUUUAGUGAAAUUACUAUGACACCCUAUGAGAGUAUGAUGUAUAGUGUUUGGCUUCCAAAAAUCAGAUCUGCAAUAAAUAAUAUGUGGAAUGCCCGGGAUUAUGAUCCAGCAAUAAAACUACUAGAAAAUUGGAAACCACCUUUAUUACCAGUGUUUAUUUAUGAUAACAUCAUAGAUCAGCUUAUUAUGCCAAAAUUGACAAGAGAGGUGGACUCCUGGAAUCCAAAUACUGAUAAACAGAUGAUACAUCAAUGGCUACACCCUUGGCUUCCUUUAUUGAGGGAACGAAUGGAACCUUUAUACUUGACUAUUCGCCAAAAAUUCAGAUCAUCCUUACAGAGAUGGGAUCCUAUCGAUACAACUGCAUUUGACAUUAUAGAGCCCUGGAAUAACGUUUUCAAGCUGAAAGAUAUGCAAUCUCUCAUAGUUAAAUCUGUAUUACCAAAACUUACGGAGACAAUGAAGAGGAGACUUCAAAUAAAUCCAAAAAAUCAAGAAUUAGAUGUUUUCAAUUGUAUCAUGAUAUGGAGAGAUUUGUUUACCCCUAAAGUUUUUAAUCAAUUAUUUGAAGAUACUUUCUUUAUAAAAUGGUUGGAUACGUUAUAUAUUUGGUUAACACAUAAUCCAAAUUAUGAUGAGAUACGACAAUGGUAUCUUUUCUGGAAAUCAUUAUUCCCUAAAGAAAUGCUUGACAGUCCAAUUAUCGAAGAACAAUUUACGAAGGCGUUGUGUAUGAUUGAAGAAAGCAUUUCUUUAGGAAGUGAAGCGUCUACUAGGUUGUCUCAUCCUUCUCAAAAAAGUACAAUUCCAGAACCUGAACAAUUUAGAUUCUUGCCUGAAGAAUCUACUGGUUAUACGGACAUUGCAGAUGUAACUUUUUUCGAGAUUGUCGAGGAGUUUGCUCAAGAUCAAAACCUUUUGUUUUUACCAACAAAUAAAACUCAUGAUUCUGGAAAACCGCUAUAUCGAAUGGGUGGUACACCAGAAGGCGUCGGAGGGUUACUUAUGUACUUAAGUGAUGAUGUAAUGUAUGUCAAAGAAGGCCAGAACUGGACACCAAUGGGAUUUGAUGAAGUUUUGGAAAAAUUAGAAAGUUCAAAACGUCAGCGUUGAUUAUGUUAUACAUUAGGGAUUAUCAAAUGAUUAUUUGUUUGUUUGUCGUUCGAGUGUUCUUUAACGGAUCAAAAUUUGAGGUACUACGAAUUCAUAGUUAAAGGCUCGUUUCAAUUAAUUAUGUUAGAUUAAGCAAAUACUAUAAAUCAAUGUUUUUGAUGUAAUAAUUAAUAAUUUAUAAAUUUAUCAUGUACUUUGAAAAAUAAUUUGGCUUUUUUCGUAC